AUGGACAACGUUAUGGAUCAUUGCAUUAUUGAGCAAAUGCUAAAGCGCCCGUUUGCCGCCAGAACCAUGGAAGAAAAAAUUAAAGUUAUUGGACAUCCGGUUCCUCGUCCACCUAUGGAACAAUUAAAAUCCACGUAUAAGUUGAAGGGGAAAAUUAUGUCCCGCAACUUUAAUGUGUCAUCGUACGACCAGCAAUGGCUGUGUGGAUCGGCGAAAUCAAAUAAACUUUUCUGCUGGCCAUGUUUGCUUUCCCGUAGCGCCAAUGAAAAAAAUGUUUGGAGCAAGGAAGGAUAUAGUGAUCUGAAUCACCUUUCUGCGUCAAUUAAAACGCAUUCGAGCUCUAAAGAUCACAUAAACAAUUCACUUGCCUUAUCGAUGUUCGGGCAAAUGAGGAUAGACGAAGCACUUGACCAUAGCCGGCAGAUCGCCCGCAAUAAGCAUAACGAAGAAGUAACGAAAAACCGGAAGGGUAUGCGAACUUUAAUUGAGAUCACCUGUUUCCUUGGCACUCACGGUCUCGCCUUUCGCGGACAUUAUGAAUGUUCCGAUUCCACGAACAGAGGAAAUUAUAAAGACCUCUGCACGUUGAUCGCCGCCAGGGAUCCAGCGUUCCAGGACUUUAUAAAUAAUAAAGUUUUCAGCGGAACGUCGGGAGGAAUUCAGAACGAGCUUAUAGAAUGCAUUGAAAGCUACAUGCUGCAAACAAUUAAAAGAGAAGUUCUUGAUGCUGAGUUCGUGUCCAUUAUGAUGGAUGAAUCAACAGAUUCGGCUCGGUUAUCGCAACUAUAUUGUACUCUGCGCUACUUACGACCCGAUGGAACACCAGUUGAAAGGCUCGUUAGAUUGGCAGACGUUAGCAGUGACAAAACCGCCGCUGCGUUGGCCGGACACGUUGAUGAAAUAGCAGCGUAUUUUGGUCUUGAUGGUGACAAAGUUGUAGCUCAGAGCUAUGAUGGAGCUGCUGUAAUGUCCGGGGACAAAUCUGGAGUGCAAACAUUGGUGAAGCAACGGUUUCCAAAAGCUGGAUAUAUCCACUGCCGCGCACAUGUGCUUAAUUUGGUGCUACUUCACUCGUGCACAAAUAACAAGAAAUCAGCAAGGUUUUUCAACACGAUCUCAUCACUCGCGGCAUUUUUCUCGCAGUCACCUAAACGCAGCGAGACAUUAAAGCAAUUUAUGGAGACCCACAUACCAAAUGUUUGCAAGACCAAAUGGUCGUAUAAUUCGCGUAUGAUCAAAAUAAUUGAUUCGAAUUAUGCAGCGAUUAAUGAAUGUUUAGAUGUACUGUAUCAAAUUUUGCAAACAAAAGAAUUGGACGUAGUAGAAUGUUUACGUAACGUCAAGGCUUGCCUCGCUUCCAUCGAAGAGCUCAAAGCAGAGCAUCAUUUCUACAGAACGCUUAUUGAUGCAAUUGAUGUUUCUGGCGAAACGAUCACUGAUAGCAACGGUAUCAAUUAUCGUCCCAUAUAUGACUUUAUCAUUGACAAAAUUAUUGACGAAAUGUCUAAACGAUUCAAAGAACUAGAUGAAUACAAAUUCAUCAUUUUGUUGAAUCACGAAAAAUUUGCCGAAUUCAAUGUCACAUUCCCUACAAAGAAUUUGAAAAUGCUUAUUUCGUACCAUUCUAAAUUCGAUGAAGCGAAGCUGUAUAAUGAGCUGACCGUUCUUUACUCGCGCGAAGAGUUCAGAGCAACUCGCAAUAUGCGAGGCGGUGAUAACAGCAGAAGCAACACGAUAACGAACCGAAAGUAUGCCGGCAAUGUUGAUGUUAUGGAAAAAGCGCGGUCGGAAAACUACGCUCACCAGGUCAUGCGCGUCGAAGCUUUUUCCUAG